GCGCAUUCCACAGCACAGCGGAGUCGCCGCUGGCCAAGAGCGACAGGACAGCGCCUUGAAGUCACCCAAGAGCCACACGACUUGCUUAAUUUCUUUGAAAAAAACUAUUUGUGACAGAGUUCUUAUUUUCAGCUUUAUCAACAACGCUCGGCGGAGCUUUUGGAGUUUACAGACAAAGGAAAAUAUUGAAUAGACUUGCUCUCCCUUUCUUUUCUGACAUUUGAGAGCGCACAGGAUAUUUGAGCAAGAGCGCUAUACGCAGCUUCAGUGGAAGUGUCUUUGGAGCUGCCAUUCAAGAUGACAGACAUCGUUUCAGCAAUGGAUACAGAGCCAAAUUCCCCAGCGAGUAUCCUCGAACCUGAGUCAGAUCAGAGCCUUGGUUCUCCUAAGAGUCCACCACUGGACCUGAUUGACACAGGAAAAGGACUGAAGGUACAAACCGCGACCCCUCACCUGGUCAGCCUGGGCAGCGGAAGACUCAGUGUAGCCAUAACUUUACUACCUUUAAAGGAGGGAAUAACGCGCAUAGGCCGUGACGAUGCCCCUGUACCUCAGGACAUUGCUAUUGAGGGUCCCGGCAUUGAAGCAGAACACUGCAGGAUUGAGAACAGAGGAGGGGUCAUCACUCUUGACCCAUGCGGACACCUGUGUUCACUUGAUGGAGUCCCUGUUACUAGGCCCACACAACUCACGCAAGGUUACACGCUCUGUCUGGGUAAAUCCUAUAUCUUUCGCUUUAACCAUCCAGAGGAGGCCAACCGUAUGAAAAGCAUGCUGCCUCAGAAGAGUCCUGUCUCUCCGCUGGUCUACAGCACAGAUUAUCUGAAGUUCAGCAGUGACUUCAGUCAUUGUCUAGGUGGCUCAGGCUCUAGAGGUAUGCGCUCCGUCUCUGAACUGCGGGAUUUGAUGGACACUUUACAAAAAAAGAAGCAGGCAUUGGAGAAUAGUUUGCGAGCCAAUGGGGACUCAAGCCCCUCCUACUUUAGCAUGACGCAGUCUCCUCCCACCACACCCAAUCUGCUGUCACCCAUCACCACAUCCUCCCCAAUAUCCUAUCAAGAACAAACCCGCCGAUUGUACAGCUCCGAAAGGCCACCACUUGCUGCCAAAGUACCAGCGCAUUCAUCCAGCAGCAUGACUCCAUCUCCUCGUCGUCCCGACCCUCGAGAGCGUGACACAUCACUUCCUUAUUCUCGACCCAUGGCCCGGAACCAAUCUCAGGAUAGUCUCCUCCUCAAUACAUCAGACAGUCGUCGUGUUGGGACUUCAGGUUCUGCCCUCUCAAUGUGGAACGGUUCAUCCACUGGCGUGACCGAUUCCCUCCCGCCAGUCCCACUGGGCGGUAGUGGUGCAGCCAGCAUGCCUUCUAGUCCUCGUCUGUCCCGUAGAUUUCAGACCCCAGAGGCAGGCCGCAAUGGAGGACUCGAACCCACUCCACGGCAAAGAAAGUACUCCGCUGGGUCACUUACAGGUAUGAGCUCACACAGUCGCUCUCUACCACGCCUCUAUCGACCUGCCGACGCUCAACUCACCCUCCUGCAAAACUAUCGGUCUCCUGAUGGCCAGCUUUCUCGCCCAACUGGCUCCAACCACCAGAAUGGUCAUUCUGAAGUAGUCUCUAUCUCGCUGUCCAAUAAACCUGGAACCAAACACACCAUAACCCCGCCAGAUGUCACCAUGACAUCGGGAGAAGCCACCAGCCCCCGCCAGGCCAAGAAAGUGAGUUUGACAUCCACCAGGUGCUACUCAGAACUGGACAGGCAAGACAUGCGUGGUCCCUCCCCAGCUCUGGAGAUUGGUCUUGGGGAGAGAAGGCAGUCAUUUGGAAAAGCAGGCCUGGGUCCGCCGAGUGGCUUCAGGGAGAGAAAGGGCAGCAUCAGCUCUCUCAGUGGGAAGGAGGAGCUUCAAGACUACCAUCAGAGACAGAGGGAUGAAAGACUGCGGGAACAGGAAGUGGAGAGACUGGAACGUCAGCGUCUGGAGACUAUUCUUAAUCUGUGUUCCGGGCUGGGCCGUGCAGAGCAGGACAAAACUGGCUUGGCCGUCGCAGACUUGCAGAAGAUCAACAAGGAGCUGGAGAAAUUACAGGUGUCAGAUGAUGAGUCUACGUUCUCAGACUCUGCAAGUCUGUCAGCCAGCAUUUCUGCUGAAAAUGACUAUGGGCUUAAAGCCCAGGAGACCCAAGCCAGCGAGGAGAGACAGGUACGGCGGCGCAGGAAUAGUGGACACAGAGAAGCCAGGGUGGAAACAGCUGUCCUUGGCUCUGCUCCCACCCCUUCUCCUCGGCUGACACGGAUAAACAAGCAGAAUGCUGAGGACGAGGCACAGCUGAAGCUCGACGUGAGACGUUUAGAGGAGGAGAGGAUCCAGGUCCUGAACAAUAUGGAAGAGUUAGAGCUGAAGAUCAAAGACCUGGACAACCAGAUGGAGGAGUCCAUCAGAGAGAUGGAAGUGGAGCGCGCCUUGUUGGAAGGCGAGCAGGAUUCAGAGAUGGCUCAGCUACAGCAGGAGAAAGACGCUCUGGAGCAACUGAAAGAGAAGAUGGCUGUCAUUGAGAACAAAGCGCAGAUGGAAAAAUCUCAGGACAAAGAUAAGCUAGAUGCAGAGCGUGUAAAGUUAGAGCGACUGGCACAUCUGCUUGCUGAGCAGAAGACUCAGUUGGACACCUGCCCCGAAGCCUUGAAAGAGCAACUUCAGCUGCAGCUCUGCAGGGAUGCAGAGACGCUAGAGGUGGAGACCAAGCGGUUUGAAGACCUAGAGUUUCAACAGCUGGAACGAGAGAGUCAUCAGGAUGAGGAGAAAGAGACUCAGACCCAACAUAUUCUCAGGGAGAUCGCAGAACACCAAAGGAGCACCGGCACACGGAAGGAGAGGCUGCUGGCCCUGAAGAAACAGUACACCCAGAUUUCCCAGCAGGCUCAGAGGGACAAAGACAACUUUGUGAAGGAAAAGAACAAUCUUCAGAUGAUGCUACAGCGGGAAAAAGAAAAUCUCGCCAACUUGGAGAAGAAAUAUUCUGAGCUCACUGGGGCAUUGGGUUUCCCUGUCAGUCCCAUCAGUAUGAAGGAGGAUUGUUUCCAGUUGGCCGAUGUGUGUCCACCUCAUAGUGAAUUUUGCCAUGCCCACAAAACCCUGUCUCCACUUCCUGCUGACCUCCUGAUGUUUUCUUCUCUGUUUUCCUCUCUGACUAUCAAAAAUGCUGAGGGCUAUGUUACAGUCAAUGAGAUCAAUGAACUGUACUCUCAGCUGGGGGUAGAUCCCACCCCAGCCCCCCUCCCCACCCAAGCCCAGUCCUCUCCUGACACCCCUGCUACAGGGACUGACCCAAGCCCUGACCCAAGCCCUGAACCCAGUCCUGAACUCAGUCCUGCAGAGAGCACUGCCCCGCCAGGAGAGGGUGAGCACUCUCCCUCUUCCUGUCCACUGUCAUCCUCCAUCCCUUCUUCCUCUUUCACUGCAUGUUCUCGUCCCAAUUCUAAACCUCCCUCUGUGCACUGGCCUGAAGACAUGGUCACCUUCCUCAACCCUUCUCCUCCUCCUCCUCCUCUACCUGCCAAAAAACAGCGCCAUCACAGACAGCAUUUCCGCACCCUAGAAGAAAGGAAGUGGUACGGUAAGGGAGGCGGAGCUCAUUUGAGUGACACUCUUCCUCGGAAGAAGACCCAGCCCACCAUAACCCCACAGUUCACCUGUGCCACCCUUGGUCGUAACAUACCCUCUAAAUCCCAUCCACCUUUAGCUCAAAGCUCCAGCUGUGGGAGUGUGUUGAACCGAGCCCUUGCCAUCACCCCUAAAGAGACACACAUGGAUACACACCGCCUGCACAAGGGCAAAUCUAAGAAAGGGCACAGUCAGCAGCACAUUGGCGAGGAGCACAGAAUGCGGUUAAGUGAUCUCGGUGGCCGUGCAUCCUCACAAACCAAUGUCUAUCUAGACUCUUUUGGUUACCAAGAUAACGGCCGUGCCUUUGAUACGCUCAGUGUGGACAGCUCAGACAGCAUGGAAACCAGCAUUUCUGCCUGUUCGCCCGACAAUGUCUCCAGCGCCAGCACCUCCAAUGUUUCCAAGAUGGAGGAGAUGGAACGUCUUCUCCGGGAAGCUCAGGCAGAGAAGCACCGGCUCUUGGAACACAGGGAGAGAGAGAUGGAGAAUAAAAGCAGGGCUCUUGAAGAGGAGAGGAGACGGCGAGAAGAGCUAGAAAAACGGCUACAAGAAGAAACCAGCAGGAGGCAGAAACUCAUUGAGAGAGAGGUGAAACUUCGUGAGAAACAGAGAGCACAGUCUCGUCCCCUCACGCGCUACCUACCCGUAAGAAAGGACGACUUCGACCUUCGUGGCCACAUCGACUCGGCCGGCCAUAACACAGAAACUUGUUACCACGUCUCCAUCACAGAGAAAACCUGCAGGGGCUUCCUCAUUAAGAUGGGCGGCAAAAUCAAAACCUGGAAGAAGCGCUGGUUUGUCUUCGACCGUAACCGCAGGACCCUGAGCUACUAUGCAGAUAAACACGAAGCCAAACUGAAAGGAGUGAUUUAUUUCCAGGCCAUAGAGGAAGUAUAUUACGACCACUUAAAGAGUGCCCACAAGAGUCCAAACCCUUCACUUACGUUCAGUGUGAAGACUCAUGAUCGCGUCUACUACAUGGUGGCACCCUCUCCAGAAGCUAUGAGAAUAUGGAUGGACGUCAUCGUAACGGGGGCAGAGGGAUACACUCAGUUCAUGAUUUAGAUGUUUUAUGCUAGCAGAGAAGGAAUGAUAUGUGCAGUGUGUGGACUUAAAAACCCCUGGACUUGAUCUGCACUCAUUCACAUGCUGGCUUCAGUACUGAUUCCCCCAAACGCUGAACUGAUCGUAUUAUUUUUGCAUUCGUAUCAGUUUUCCAAUCUCAAUCCACAGUAUUGAAGCUUUUCUCUUCACUACCUUUAUAUAUAUAUUUUUUAUGCAACAUGAACUUUUGCUUGGCGGCCCAGAAGAUGGAAUGGAACACAUAUCCUAUGAUUUUGUGUGCAUGUUUGUGUCUUUUGGUAUUUCGUCUGUCUGAUUGUGUGAAGAGAGAAAGACGUGUUAAAUGAUAUUUAGUGCCAGUGUGCCACGUUGUGUGUGGUCUGUUUGUUAUCUUGUGUACAGGGCCUCAGGGACACACACAUUAUAAUAUAAACAGCUGUCAGCUGUUGUGCCAAAGAUGAAAUGCACACUGACCACACGAUAUAGAGUUUAGAUGCAUUGCGUGUGUUGGUGUUUGCCAGUGCCUUCACUUCUAUAUUAUACUGAUAUAUGCUUUUAUACUCAACAUUCAGAUUAAUCAAAGGUGCUAUAAGACACGCAUGUGUGGCUAUUUUAACACUAAAGUUAUUCAUUACAAACUUCCGAAACACUAAAGCUGCUUGCCGUUCAGGUAUUACACAGGAUAAAACAUCCUCCGUUUAGAGUUAUACUACACAGAGACUAAGUUUUUAGUAUGUCUUAUAAUUCUUGAUCAUUUUAUCAUCAUGCAUAUGAAACUUUUGCAUUUUUAUGAACUGUAUUAAAUGCUUUUGGCCCAUUUUUAGGCUAUGAUUACUUGUAUUUGGUUUGAUGUCAACAGAAAAUGUAAAAUGUAUUUGAUCCCUAGAAUUAAGCUUCAGGUAAAGCCAGUACUACAAUACAA